UUUAAUUUUCUAGGAAAGAGAUCUUUUGAUGUUUUACUCUAGAAUUAGCGGGUUUUGAGAUAAAUUGGUAAUUGUUUUCAGCGGGAAAAUGGGAAAUUUAAGUGGGUUGGAUUUCCUGUUUUUGGAGAUUGUGGGUUUAUCUCGCAAUCUAUUGAUUCUAGGUGGAAACGAUAAGGAACUUUUUUGUGACUUAUUAAAGUUCCGAGGAGAAUGAUCUUUUCACAUUUUCUUCUAAACCCAAUAGUUUGCGAAUAAAUCGAUAUUCAACAAAACCGUAAACUCGAUUUACUGAUUUUUCAACUUCUGCGUCGUGGAAAUAAACCCUGACUCAUAUCUUGGCCCCCAACGAUGGGAUUGGGAUAAAUGAGGGUUCAUUAAAACCCUCGAGAUUCCCCCAAAAACUCGAAAAAAAAAUCAGCCCAAUCGACUCAGCGAAUCCCGCGCCAUCAGCGAUCGAAUCCGCCCACUUUAUCCCCAACUGUCCAAAUUCCUCGGAGACGAGUUUAUUUACCGAAAAACCUCAAAAUCAAUUAUCGAAUUGAACAACUGAGUCUCUCAGGAAUAAAAAUCGUAAGAAAUUAGAGUAGAGAACGUCAUCCAUAAUUGCCAGAUCAAGAUCUCCUUGAAUCUCAGCCAAUAAAUACCAGCAAUAUUUUCCUCAUUUUUUUUGUUCGCACGAGUCCGAUGGAUUAUCAGAUAAGAUUGCACCCAUAAAAAUACACAUGUGGAUAGAAAUUACAUCAAAUAGUCAUCAUAUGAAGCACAAAGUGGACGGAAACUGACUCUCGAUGCGUGACGGUGACAAUUUUAAUAGAUCCAAGAUGCCUGGCCAUCGUCAGCCUCUGUCCCUGGAGGGAUUGAGUUUGGGACGUGUGUGCCAGCAGCUGGACAGUACGUGCCGACGACUGCAACAGCUGUCACAGGAGACGUCAUCAAAUCAAGUAUUAUCAUACGCUAAGCAAUCGAUACGCCCUUACUACGUCAAUUCCCUUCCCUCGAUUCUACGUACACGAGUUAUAGACGAGACCUCGAGGAUGCUGUACGGUCCAGCUCCAGACGGUUCGACCCUAAUAUCAGGACCAGCGCCCCUUUAUCUACUUGCUCUUCUCCUGGGUCACGACAUCAAACACCUGAGAGUCAAUCUUUGCUGCUACUACGGCUGCAGCCACCAGACAUCACUCCUCAAACUCUUGGCUCACGAUGGAAUUGCCCUGGAGUCACUGGAGCUAGCAAGAUCAGCACUUCUUCGUCUUGACUGUAAAUUACUGCGUACAGCACUCCAGAGUAUGAGAAAUCUGCGUAGUUUGACUCUGAGAAAUAUUGCCAAUGACUCGGUACUCCAGGUAAUUGGCAAAUCGUGUCCUAAACUUGUGGUUCUUGAUGUUGCGUGCUCGAUGCAGGUGACGGAUAUGGGAUUGAAUAAUCUUCUGCUGCAGAUUGAAUUGAGGGACAAAGUUGCGACUUAUCCAUCAUCAUCGGAGACAAGCUGGUCAAAGCUCAAGGCAAUUAUCUCAAAAUUCAAGUCCAGGAAGAGAAUUGAGAAGCGAGAGAGACAGGGAAUUCUACUGGAGUACUGCGAGAGAAAGAAUUUACUCUGCAAUACUCUGAAAAUUCUCAAUGUUGCUAAUACCUCGGUGACGAGUGCUGGUGUUCUUCUGGCUCUAGCACACGUACCUCAUCUCGAAUCACUGGCUGAUUACAAUCAUAUGGGACGAGUUGUUGAGAUAAUGAAUCGAGGUGUCAUCCAGCUGAAGACGCCAUUCAAUCUUACUCAAGCACGAAGCAGUCGAACAACAACAGCUAGACUUGAGCUUCUCUCCCAGACGUGUCCCAGACUCGAGAAGAUCUUCAUCUCUGAGCCACUCCAUCCUCCAGAGGCUCUACGAUUAUUUCCCUACGUCACAUGUUUAAGUCUCCAGUCUGUACCAGCUAGGAAGGAGUGGUUGUCAGGUUUUUACGAUUAUUUGAGGACAAAUGGCCACAGGCUCAGGGAUCUAGCUGUCAGGAUCACAGAGACUGACAAUCCUGUUCAGUUGGAUCUCAGACAGGUAUUCCAGCACUGCCCAAAUCUCGUGAGUCUAUCGAAGACUGGGGCUGGUGUUGUCUGGCUCAGUGGACAAGAUCCACAACCUCUCAGGAAACUCAGGAGAAUUCAGCUGGGGAGGACUGUCACAGCUUCUGCACUUUUGAAGAUACUCAGGUUGUCACCUGGAUUAUCAUCGCUGCAUGUGCACAGUUGCUUUGAUUUGACCAAUGGACAUCUCGAGGGACUUCUCAGUGAUGACAACUGCUUGAUUAAUUCACUCAAUUGUUUCUAUGUUUAUGAGGCCAGUAAGAUAUCUGUUGAUGUUGUUCUUAAAAUCCUCAAGAGUUGUGGAAGAUUGAGAAAAAUUGGGAAUCUGUCUAACUGGGGACUUGACUGCGAUGGAGUUAAAAUACUCAGGGAAACUCUCGUUGGGGCUAAUUUGGAUGUUGAUCUGUGCCCUGGGGCUCACUGGUUCUGGAGUAAUUGUAUUCAUUGAAUCAUACCCGAUACUUCUGGUUCAGUAUUAAUGAGACCUUGAGCUCAUGGAACGAUGUAAUUAACUCCAAAGAUGAUUUUUCGCUUUUCAAAGAUUUUGCGGUCACACUAAACGUGGAUUUAGAUCCUAAACUACUGAUUCCACGAAAAAAUCUCAAAUGGCCUUUUUUAUAGAAAAUUUAAGCGCCUAUGAUAAAGUUCCUCAGCGUUUUCACCGGAAGUGGACGGUUCUCGAGAUAAUCGGCAAUUUUGAGGAAUGAGACAAAUAUUUUUUCUGUUUCCAAGAAUUUCGCAGUCCCACUAAAUAUCCAUUUAACUCCUAAACCGACGAUUUCACGAAAAAACCGCAAAUGACCUUCUGUACGUAAAAGUUAAUAGCCUACGAUAAAGUUCCUUGACGUUUUCACCGGAAGUGGAUAGUUAUCGAGAUAAUGGGCAAUUACGAACAAUUAGUGGCAGACGUUUUGGGGAAAUGAGACGAAUAUCUGCUUUCUUACGCACGAGAUAUUGUCGGACUUAUUUAUAAAUUAAUACCUCGCUUACUGAAUUAUUUCGCGGAUAAUAAUGAAAAGAAAAUUAUAACGCAGAUAUUUAUAUUAACGAAAAAUCGGUUUAUCUGUUGGUUUGAGAAUUGACUGGAGUUUUGAAUAAACACCUUUAAAUUGUGAGUUUUCGUGAGUUUAUGUGACUAAUCGGCUUUAUAAUUCUCGAUGCUAUCUGUUUUGUAUUAUUGGAUUCGCAAUAAAGAUAUGGUUGAUGAGA